CCCUAGAUUGGGACUACAAUGCCCAUCAUCCUGGACUACAACUCCCAUCAUCCCCAAGCCACAGUCAAAGGCCAGCUCUAUAGCAAAUACCAUGGGCCUGCACUGCUCCGGCAAGGCAUAUCAAUUCUAUCCCCUGCAUUGGUUUAAUGAUAAAAAGCUGUGAGAGGAAGAUCAGGGUUCGAAGGCCGCGACACGCCCACCCACCCCACCUCAUACGCGCUGCGAGGCAGGCGUCAGGCCCACAAUGGCCAAGCUGCAUGGGCUGCAAGCCGACUACGUUUUCCGUGGGGUCGAGCACAUUGUGCGCAUGACGGUGGAGGGGAGUCUUCUGGAGGUGGAGGUGGAAGACCGGCUCACCACGGACCAGUGGCGAGGGGAGUUCGAUGCGGCCUUCAUCGAGGACCUCACUCACAAGACAGGGAAUUUCAAGCAGUUUGGGAUCUUUUGUAGCAUGCUGGAGUCAGCCCUCACCCAGAGCAGUGAGUCAGUCACUCUGGACCUUCUCACUUACACUGAUCUGGAAUCGCUGAGGAACCAGAAAAUCGGGGUGGGUCCCCGGCAUAUGUCCGCCGCCAAGGCCUCUCCACUGAACUCCAAACGCUACCUCAUAUUGAUCUACUCUGUGGAAUUUGACAGAAUCCACUACCCACUGCCGCUGCCCUACGUGGGGAAGCCGGACCCCGUUGUCUUGCAGAGGGUGAUCCGAGAGCUCAAGGAGGAGUUGGCCACAUUGAAGGCAAAGCCAGGCAAGGACUUCCGGGAUGCUGAGAUCCGCCGACUCCGAGACGAGCUGCAGCAGGCCUUGGAGGAGAAACAGGCAGCGGAGACAGCCCUGCUGGGCCUGCAGGAGGAGCUGAAGCUCACCAACAAGAGCAGCGCCUUCAAGGAGGUGAAGAUCCUCAAAAAGGUGGUGCAGAGUCUCGAAGAGGAGCUGACCAAGGAGAGGGCCAAGCACCAGCGAGUGGCAAGCAAGCGGCUGCAGGAGAGCCGGCAGCUCGUCGACGAGCUGGCAGAGCUGAAAGCCACAGAGAGGAGCCUCCGGAUCCGCGUGAAGAACCUGACCAAUGAGCUGGCUUUGUACAAGAAAGGGCGCUUCACCCCCGCCGCAACAUCCCCCCAGAGCCACUCUGCGCGCAGCUUCGGCCCCCCUGCCCUGACCCGCGCCGGCACCAAGAUGAGAGAAGACCGCCGCUCCGUCUCAAGGGAACGGUCGAACUCGCGGGAGCGCAGCGGGGCCUGGGGGCCCAGCCGGCAGAGAUCCACCUCCAGGGAAGGGCGCGGCGCUGGCCAGGGCCGCCUCGCGCGACAGUCCCCGUCCCCCACAGGCAUCCGGGCCUCUCGCUUUGACCCCACAGCGUUUGUGAAGGCCAAGGAACGCAAGCAGAAGGAGGCAGAGCAGAAGAACAAGCGAUGCCUCCGGCGGGGGACGGGAGACACCCCGCCCAGCGGCUGGCACCCAGCUCCUUCCAGGGGCCUCUCGGCCUUCGGCACAGGCGGCUUUGGCAAGGCCCGGGGCCGGAGCUCUUCAGUGGAAAGCUUCCGCAGCCGGCACUCAACUGCAAGCUCAGGGAGCGAAAUGGAUGAUUACUCUGAACCUGCUGCUCCGAGGAGUCGCAAACGAAUGACAAGGGGCAGGAAGCCCUUGAGCUCCUCGUCCUGGAAUGGCUCCGCUGCGGUUCCCCAAGCGGGCAGCGGUCACAGGAAGUGCUUGGCGAGCACCCCGACGGCAGGCAAGCGAGCAGACAAAGAGAACCUGUAUGACGAGCCGUCGGCUGACCUCUCCGAGAUAGACGCUCGGCUGCAAGCGUUGCAGGAGUACAUGAACAAACUGGAGACUCGAACGUAGUCGCUGGAGCGGGAGAGAGCUGUUGUACCUCUUCACGGGGGCACGGGGCAGCAUUGCUCAGCCACCGAGGACAGGUCAAAAUGUAGAAGGUCCCCUUUCCCACCCACCCCCUCAGUUUAGAGUCUUCCCAGCUUUUUGUCUGCUAGGUUAUGGGCCUGAAAUAGAAGUUGGAGGGCGAGAAUCAUGGAUUGGUGCAUCUCCAUACACACGGUGUGGAUGCCACUUUGGGGGAAUAGACACUUCAGAGAGUUUUUCUUCCUCCUGCCAAGUGACUUAGGAUCCUUGGGGUAGGGUCUGCAGUGUCCUAGACAUAAGGGAGGGUGUGGAAACUGCUGUCUGCUCCAUAUGCAGUCUUGCCUUGAAAAGGGAGCACAAGAGACAAGGCAUUACUUGGCCUGCGGAGUCUUUCUCCUCCUCCUUUCCCAGCCCCUUUCUAGUCUCAUUCACCAAAGGAGGAAGUGAAAUAUUGGCUUUGGGCCCAACCCAGGGGAAGAUACUUAUUUUCCUUUUGCCAAGUUGCUCCCUGUAUCUUCCAGACCUCACAUCUGUCAUGGAGAAACCGAGUGCAAAGACUUGGAAUUAUUUUAGGGCACGGGUACUGAACCGUGGGUCCUCAGGUGAUGACGGACUAGAACUCCAUCUAGGGGCUCAUGUUUGAGAGUCUUUGAUUUUAAGGAAGCUUUUUUCUAAACAUUCCUGGAAAACACUUUCCCAGUUUCUGGUCCCAGAAAUGGGUGGUAGUUGCCUGUCUUCCCAUCUGCCUGUAUCCCAACAAUGAUUUUUGCACGUGUGGAUGAUGCUGUGUAAAUAAAUAUUUUUUUCUUA